GACAGCGUGGCGUCUCGACGUCCAUGGGGUUAUGUGUGUUUACAGCGGAGAGAGCUGAUUGCCACCAUCCUUUUUCGUUACACAAAAUGAUGAAAUGACUUAAAAGUAACAAUGAAGACCGAGGUACUGUGACAAAGUUGUUUGGAUGGAGUCCUCGCGGGUCACUGGCGGUCUUUCCCGCGAAUAUAAGCUAGUGAUGCUGGGAGAGGGAGGAGUCGGCAAGAGCGCCAUUAUCAUGCAGUUUAUCAGUCACCGGUUCCCUGAAGACCACGACCCUACCAUAGAGGAUGCGUAUAAGACGCAGAUCCGCAUAGACGAUAAGCCAGCGAAUCUGGACAUCUUGGACACAGCAGGACAGGCAGAGUUCACUGCCAUGCGGGACCAGUACAUGCGGGCAGGGGAGGGUUUCAUCAUCUCAUACUCCAUCACGGACCGCCGCAGCUUCCAGGAGGCGCGACACUUCAAACAGCUGAUCCAACGCGUCCGCCGCACUGCCGACACACCCGUGGUGCUUGUCGGAAACAAGUCAGACCUGGUGCACCUCAGACAGGUGUCAGUGGAGGAGGGAAAAGAACUGGCGCGAGAGUUCCAGUGCCCGUUUUUCGAAACGUCAGCAGCGCUCCGUUACUACAUUGAUGAGGUGUUCGCCGCGCUUGUGCGCCAGAUCCGCCAGCGGGAGGCCGAGCUGGGGCAGGGCACCGAGAGGAAGAGCCGCCAUGGCCACUCCUUGUGGCGCCGCCUGACAGCGCUGUUCCUCAGAAAGCAGCACUCGGAGAGCUGAAGGGGGCCUGAUGGUCCUCCAAGAGGAGGUGCAAGAACGUACUGUUGUUGGGUUGUUCGUCUGCACCCCCGACCCCCCCUUUAUGACGUCCUUCACAGGGUAGCUUGUGAUAUGUUGACACAGACAGCAGUUUUGAUUAUAUUUGAUUUAAGCACUCCAGAUAAUUUCAUUAUAUUAUUUAGAGACUAGACUUUUAUGUGCAGGGCACACACUUACAUAAAUAGGCUACUUAACUGUUAUCUUCAUACAAUAUGUAGGCUGACUUAUUAUACUGUAAUAUUUAGUGAAAAAAGUAUUAAACUUGACAGUAAUGUUGUUUUUUAAAUGUAUGGGCGGCAUUUUUGAGGUCGACUUUGAGAUACUGCAGAUCUCCUGAGUUUUCUGUAAGUGGGAUGAAAUAAGAAGGUUGCAGAAGUGUGUGGGUGACAUUGACACGAAGACUAGCAAUAGAAUAGAGAUCACAUCAGCUUCAUGGAAGGGUGGCUCUUUAGAUAAAAGAACCGAAAGACAGGAUGCGGUAUGUGAAAUGAGGAAGAAAGAAAUGGAGGGAGAAGACUUAGGCAAAAUCUAGUCUGCUUAAUGGGUGGAAAGCUAAAUUUACAACAGAGAUGCAGUAGUUUUCUUAGCUGAUACAAUAAUGGACUGUGUAAUGUUUCAUCCUUAGUUUUGGUUGGUUGGUUGGUUGUUUUUUUGUUGUUGUGCAAAGCUCCUGCCUGGAUUAAAUUUGCUUUGCAUCUAUGGACCGCAGUCUGUAUGCAGUGCAGCCAGAUGUUGUGUCGGGACUUGAGCUAUCUAAGAGAAGUUUGCAGAAAAACAAACGGUGGUGAACUUUGGCAGCGCUGGAUCUCCCAGUAGAGUAGAGUUGUAUUUACUAACAGUUACUGUAGUAUUUUAGUAAACAGACAAAAGGAAACGUACUUCUCCAAGGUGGCAUAUGAAUGUGACUUCUACAUAGUUUUUAGUCUUACCUAUGUUGUGCAAUUGCUACACACAAAAUCUGAAUGGUAUACCUGGUUAUUGCUGCAUAGUGCAAGUGCCAGACUUUUUAGGUGUGAGAUUUUUUUUCCCUAAAAUGUGUGAUCCUGGAUACUAUGUUCCUUAAUUUAUUUUCAUCAGAGAUUCUUGAAUAAAAUUAUAGACGUUUUCUGA